AUGUUACACAUUAUGCGGUUAUCAUAUCAUAUUUUAUUCUUAGGAUUAGUUUUAACAGUAAAUGCCUCUUCAGAUCCAACUCUAGAAAAAAUUGCUGAAUUGAUUGUCUUACUGAAUGAUGUUAAUGACAAUUUCGGUAAGUAUACAGCCUGGUUUUUAACUUCUGGUCGUUCUAUUCCAACCGGUAUUGUUGAAGUGUAUAUGGUAGUUCGUACUGCUACAGAUCUGUCUUAUACAAGUAUGUUCACAAUGCUUGAUGUGUCUGCCCUUGAAGCCAUGGCUACUGCAGUUCCAUGGUACACAUCCUAUCUUUCCUCAGAAAUAGAAGCCGCAAUUGCAAAUGUAGAUGCCACGUUAUAUCCAUUAACUUCCUCGACUACAUUGAUUACAACUUCUUCUAGUACAUCCUCAAGUACGUCCACCAAUUAUCCUACUUCAACCAUUUCUGAUGACGUUUCUACAACUAUUACCUCAACAGAGCCUUCUAGUUCUUCAUUUAACGCAGCAACCGCAUCUCAAACAUCAUCUGCUGUUGUAUCAACAUCUACUAGUACACUCUGCAAUUCCUUAGCGUCUCCUGAAAGCAUUUUAUAUUUGGGUUCUGGCUCGAGCAGUACCAUAAAUAUUCCAACUGCUACAUCGUCUAAAAAUGACGUUUCUAAUACUACCAAUGGUGCAUCCUCUGUUUCUAAUCGAAAAAAUGUUGGUCUACCAAAAAGUACGUCAUCUCUAACUAUCACUGACCCAUCUACCACUGUUCUAACCACAUCAAUAUCUACGUUAUCCGAUGUAAUAUUAUUAAACCCUGAUGUUUCCUUACAAUCUUCUUGUACAACUGAUAUCGAUGCUGUAAGUUUAAGCAUAAAUCUAUCAUCUAACUUUGUUUCUUUUGCUGACUCCUACACAUAUGCUACUGAAAUGGUGUCUUCAAACAGCUUGAAUUCCACAAUGUCUACCUCCCCAGAAGAAAGUGUCACCUCCUUCACAAACUCUAAUGGCGUUGCUACAGCCUAUUUUACCGAAGUCAACAAUAGGACUAUUACAAUUAUUACAAACUUUAUUAUUGCUACUAAAAUUGACACUAUUACAUCUUGCUCCGGAGGUUGCAUAGAGAACUCUGUGGUCGAGAAAGAAACAGCCUGGACUACUGUUACAAGCAGCUUAAUUUCAGAAGAAUCUAUGAACACGGCUUCACUAGUAACUGUAAAUUCAUUAACAACCACCACGAUGACCGUUUGCAAUGAAAGAUACCUUUAUACAAGAUCCAUUGUUUCCUCUGUUGUUUCUACGGUUUCAUUCACCGAUUCCAUAAAAAAUAUUGACUCUAUCGAUGUCGCAACUACUACUACUAUUAGUACCUAUGACGAUGCAGGUAGCUCCUCGAGAUAUCAAAAUUCUUUAAUUCCUUCUAUUUCUACCAAAGUUGAACUAAUUAAUUCUAGAUCUAACAGUUCUGUUGAAGCAACAAUUGGCAACGAAGCUUCCACUUCAUCCACAUUUGUGCCUGUGUCGAUUAGUCCUAAGGCUAGCGGUUCCAUAAGCAGUGUUGUUGUACAGUUAGAAAAUAUUGCAAAUGCUAAAAUCAACAAUAUAAGGUCUGCCUUUUUUGGAGUAGCCCUGUUACUACUAUAA